UGGCUGGCGGCGCAGGCGCCCCGCUUGCCCCGGAAGUGCCUGGCGAGGCGGCGGUGGUGGCGGCGGCGGCGGGAGCUCGGAGCGGAGCGGAGCUGCGGGGAUCGCGCCCAUGUCGGGCUUCGACACUAACCCGUUCGCCGACCCGGUGGACAUUAACCCCUUCCAGGAUCCCUCGGUGACACAGCUCACAAACGCUAGCCAAAGUGGCUUGGACGAAUUCAACCCCUUUACUGAGAGCUCCCAGCUGACAAAUGCAGCGCGGACGACGCCAGCCACGCAGCCCUCGGGCCACUCGCAGCCUGCUGUUCUGCAGACGUCCGUGGAGCCCACUCCCCAGGCCGUGGCAGCGGCAGCACAGGCUGGGCUUCUUCAGCAGCAGGCAGAACUAGAGAGGAAGGCAGCCGAGUUGGAGAAGAAGGAAAGGGAAUUGCAGAGUAACGCAGCCAGCAUUAAUCCGAGGCAAAACAACUGGCCGCCUCUCCCCAAGAAGUGUCCGAUCAAGCCGUGUUUUUAUCAGGAUUUUUCUGCAGACAUCCCAGCUGACUACCAGCGGAUAUGCAAGAUGCUGUAUUACUUGUGGAUGUUGCAUUCGAUUACUCUGCUCCUAAACCUGCUCGCUUGCCUGGCGUGGUUCACAGUCCAGACGGAAAGAGGAGUAGACUUUGGUCUCUCGAUCCUGUGGUUUAUUUUAUUCACCCCUUGUGCCUUUCUCUGUUGGUACCGACCAAUUUACAAGGCUUUCAGGUCUGACAGCUCCUUCAGCUUCUUCGUCUUCUUUUUCAUCUUCUUCUGCCAAAUAGCAAUCUACAUCAUCCAGGCUGUCGGCAUUCCUGGCUGGGGAGACAGCGGAUGGAUCGCAGCGCUGUCCGAGCUGCAUGGGAACCUGGCCGUGGCUGUUAUCAUGAUGGUGGUGGCAGGAUUCUUCACGCUGUGCGCGGUUCUCUCGCUCUUCCUCCUGAAGCAGGUGCAUUCCCUGUAUCGGCGCACGGGAGCCAGUUUCCAAAGGGCCCAGGAAGAGUUUUCCCAAGGCAUUCUCACCAACAGGGGCUUCCAGAAUGCAGCCGCUGGGGCGGCCUCCUCAGCUGCACAGAGUGCUUUCCGGGGAAACUAGCCUUUCCCGGGGCUGCCUCCCCCUUGCUUCCUCUGCCAUCAUCACCCCAACCUUCAUUUUUUUUUUUUUUUUCCUAAAGAUGCACUUUUUGGGGGUACCAUGUUAGCUCUGUGAUGCCGACUCCAGAUAAGAAGAGAUCUGGUUUGUUUUGGGGUUUUUUUUGAGCUUCAGCUGGCCUACGUUUAUGACGAUUAGUUUUCCCUGUCUUGUUUUAGGGUGCGGGGAGACAGGGGAGACAUUCUCUGAAGCAAAUAUAUUUCUCUAUCCAGGACAUAUCAAGUGUUUGUCUCUCUUCCUCCCCUCACCCUGUCCGUAGCAGGAAGGCUAGGGGAAGCAGGUUUUUCGAUUUUACUGUCUCUUCUAUUGGCCUUUGCUAUGAAGAUUUUGAUUAUCUGCUGUUUUGGGGAGGGUUUUGUAACUUGCAUGUAGUUUAUGUCAUUAAUUUUAAGAGUGAAAACUGUACUUUUGGUUUAUUACACUUACACGAUGCUGCAUUUUGACUUCUUAACCACCUGGCUUCCUACGAGUCGGGGUAACAUGGCAUGAAGGAAAACCUGGGAGCAGAGGGUGGGUUAGAGAGGAGGGAAAACUUCUUUCUCCUUGUCCGCCCCGUGGCAGAUUUCCCCUCCGCUUCCAGGAGGAUCCUGGGGGGUUCCUCUGCCCUCCUGCCAGCACCCACCGCCCUGGGCCCGCAGGGAGAGAGAAGGGCUCAGUGGAGGCAGAGUCUUCACUGUGGCCUUCAAGCAGGGGAGGGAGGGGAAAGGGAAAUUUUGAUUUUUGUCGUUGGACUCGCCAGCCCCACUGUUGCAGAGCGGCGGCGCCAAAGACGCCGGCUCACCCACCGCCCCGUGCCUGCGACGUCCUUCUCCAGCUAACCCUGAGAGCCUGCCAGCCCUGAGGAGCAUGAAUGAAUUCAUCUCCAGGGACAAAUCCCUCCCUGCCUUCCUCCUCCCACCUAUUUUUGGGGUGGUUUAGGUUUCCCCCCCCCCCCCCCCGUUCAUCCAGGAAAGAACUGGUUGGAUGUGUGUUUACCUUUCAAAGCUGCCUCCAGAGAUGGGAUGUCCUACAGGUGCCAGUUGUGACCAGGCGUGAUGAGGACGGUUUCCCCUGCCUGCAUAUGGAUGCUGGAGGGGGUUUUUACUUGUGAGGACUUAAUUUCUGCAUUGCCCCUGGCUGUCCCCUCCUACCCAGCAACGGGGGGUGGCAUUUUGUACCCCCCAUCCCUCGCUGGCAGGUGCCCUCUUACCCUCCUCAGCCAGAAACGGGUGGCUUUACACCCCCUUCCCCCUCUAUUAUUAAGUUGUUCCCCCCUCCCCCUCUCGGCGUCUGAUCUUUUCAUGUUUAAAAAAUAAUAAUUGAUAAUAAAAGUGUAAAUGUGCGCGAAA